GCAGGGCAUUAGGUAGAUAAGUCUCCAGGCUUUGCAGAAUACCAGCGGGGCUCCGUGGUUGAGCAGGGCAGCGGCGGCGGCCGCUCGGGCCUAUGGGCCCGAUCGCAGCCUUCUCCAGCGUCCCGUUCUGGCAUCUGCGUCACAACAGGGCUUUGGCCCUUUGGUUUGCUGCAGGCCCAGGAGAGCCAUGGGGUGGGGCAUUUUGCAAGUUUUUCUACAGCUUUCUUUGCUCUCCUGAUCUUUGGAAGGGGUUUUUGGCUGCUUUGGGGGGCCUUGUUGUGAGGGGUUGUUGCUGGGCUUUCAAGUUGGCUUCUGGGGUUUUUUCCUUGAACUUUGGUAUUCCCUGGGGGUGGCUAGGGUUUUUUCCCUUCGUGCAUACCUCUCCCACAUUCAUAGGGUUGCUCUGUAGAGCAAGAAUUGGGGGUUGGCUUCUCCUUCUAAUAUUGGUUGAGGGCUUGUGGGUGUUUUCACGAUGCCCAGGAAAGCUAAGGAGAAAAAUGGUGGGAAGCCUGUUAGGCAGCCCAAAAGCCCCCCCCCCUUCUUCCUUGGAUGAGGAUGAUGAAGAAAUGGCCCUUAUUAGGGGCUUGAUUGGUAGGAUGGAGGCCUUGGAGAAGUCUCGUAGCGCUCCUUCUGAUAAGGGUGCUGGUCCUUCUGGGGGGGGUGUCCCUCCUCCCAAGGUGCCUCACAGGACCAGGUGGGCUGCCUGGAAUCAGCUUUUAAAAUCACUCUCUAGUAGGUUGGAGGCGCUGGAAAAGUGGUGGCCCCAGCCAGCCCGGCUCCUUCCUCAGGUCCGCAAGAUCCAUCCACGCCUGAUGACCUGGUUCCUGGAAGGCCUGCUCCUGUGGCUCCAUUGCCGUUGCCUGAGGACCCGGCUCCUGUGCUGCCUGCUCUGUCGCUUCCACUGCCUGCUGCGCCGGUUGAACCUCCGCCUGUGGACCUUCGAGUACUGGUGGCCCCGGAGUAAUGUGAACCCUAAAAGAGAAGCAAGCAAUUUAGUUUCUCAUACCCAUUUGAGUCUCAUCUGUAUUACGAACUCCACAAGUUCAAUGAAGUUUUUUAACUUUAUUCAACGAUCAGGCAAAAGCAACCAUCAAGCAGUGCAUUACAGAAACUGAGCGCCAAACUCCCUGUGUCCCAAUAUUUUAUAUCAAUGAGGGAUUUAGAUAUACUGCCUCUCCUGCAACUUUCCUUACCCAGUUGGAGGUCCCAAACCACAGAAGGGCAUUCACCUUGGCUCACUGCCAUAACCUCCCCUCAGCAGUGCUAGAGGGCUGUUACAGAAGGAUCCCAUUUGCAGAGCGAAUAUGCCCCGGUGGUUCAGGACAGAUCAAAACUACUGAGCAUGUCCUCCUAUUCUGCUCCUUCUAUAGAGACAUUUGUGCCUCUCUCAUCCUACCAUCGUUAAGCAAGUUCCCGGGACGUUCAAGACAAUUCUAUAGCUUCUGGUUACUCUCUGACACGAAGUCUGCCAUCACAUAUAGCGUUGCCAGAUAUUGUGCAGCUGCAAUCGGCAUUCGUCGGAGGAUGAUAGGAUGUGAGCCCUUAAUCUGAUUCCCGAUGACUUUGGAUUGACCUUGCACUUGCCUCCCCUCUUAUUGUCUUAUACUGCUUUUUAUUGCUUUUUAUAAUUUUUAAUCUGGAUUUUACCAUUUUAUAUCCCCCCCUUUAUCUUUUCUGUGCAUUUUUAUAAUAGAAAUAGUAAUAGUUUAUUUUUAGCAGUUUUUGUUUAGUAUUAAUGUGUAUAUAUGUAAUUUUUAUCUAUUUUAUCUUGUCUUUUUAAAAAAUUGCAAUUAUCUUUAAUUUUAGCCUUUUCACAAUAUCUAUCAUCAUAUUUGCAAUCACCUUUAUUCUCCUGUAUUUUUAACAUGUAACUUUUAACUUGUAUUCUCUUUUAGUCCUUUUAGUAUCACCCUAAAUGCAAGUAUCAAAUGCAAUGAUGCUUCCUUGCAUUACAUGUUAAACAAAAUGUAAUUUUAUGCUGGUCUCUGACUGUAAUAAAGGUUGAUUGAUUGAUUGAUUGAA